AUGUCUCGAUCAAUUGCCCCAUCCAGGGCAUUCCUGAAGGCCUUCCAGGAAACACAAGUCCCCUCGCGACAAUGCCGGCGGUUCCUUUCCUCAACGCAGGCCUCCUUGACUCGACGACCAGCCCUCACAAAUAACCUCGACCAGCCCUCGAGACAUCAGCCCUUGGUGCAGAAGCGCUUCAAGUACAAGUCGGUUGAGGAGGCCAGGAGCCGGUACCAAAUAGGACCCUUUUCUUGGAGAGCACUUGUGCUAUUCGUUGUGACAGCCGGCGGCCUGACCUGGUAUUUCGAACAUGAGAAGGAGCGCAUGCAGAAGAAGCGCAUAGCAGAGGCGAAUAAAGCGGUCGGAAAGCCAAAGGUCGGCGGGUCGUUCAAGCUUGUGGACCAGGACGGCAAGCCCUUCACCGAGCAGGACAUGAAGGGCCGGUACUCCCUGGUCUACUUCGGGUUUACACACUGCCCGGACAUCUGCCCUGAAGAGCUCGACAAGAUGGCGAUCAUGUUCGACAACGUCGAGAAGGAGAUCCCCGGCGGGCUGAACGGAAUCUUCGUGACCUGCGACCCUGCGCGCGACGGUCCUCAGGAGCUUAAGAAGUACCUGGCCGAAUUCCAUCCCAAGUUUGUGGGGCUGACGGGCACAUAUGACGAGGUGAAGGCCAUGUGCAAGGCAUACAGGGUCUACUUCAGCACACCUUCAAAGGUCCCGGCGGGACAGGACUAUCUGGUCGACCACAGCAUAUAUUUCUACCUGAUGGAUCCGGAGGGCGACUUCGUUGAGGCGUUGGGACGGCAACACUCGCCUGACCAGGCAUCGAGCGUGAUACUUGGCCACAUGAGGGAGUGGAAGGGCGAGUUCAGGAAGUAG